AUGUGGAAGCCGUCAGAGCGCCUGAUGGAAACCAUCAGGCACUAUGCCAGCUUCCCCGCAACCGGGGUCUCACUGAGGCAAAUGGUCCAGUUUGGCGACCGACCUUCUACCGGCACCUUGUUCCGUGCUUCGCAAUUCCUCUCCGAGGAGCUCCCCAUUCGCCUCGCACACCGGGUCCAGGACCUAGGCGAGCUACCCGAUGGCCUUAGUGAGAUGCCUUCGAUCAAAAAGGUCCAGGAUUGGUAUGCGCAAUCAUUCGAGGAAAUCAUCAACCUCCCCCGACCCUCUCUGACCCAAGAGGUCAGAAACCGCCUCUUGCGCCCGGGCCGCAUGAAUGACGGCUCCCCAUCUAAGAUUCUCUCCGAGGCGACACAAAAUCCCAGUAUUCGUGAGGGCCAGUACCGCUCCUCCACCACCGCCAAUGGCACCAUCAACGGAAAUGGAAAAUCGGCCGCCGCGGCCGCCGCAGGCCGGCGGUAUUUCGUGCCCGCCGAUGGCAACGUAGAAUGGCCCCCCGAACUAAAUGACUACAACCAGCGAUUCUCCCGAACUCUCCAACAGAUUAAGCGACGACACGACAGCGUUGUGACCACCGUAGCCCAGGGUAUCUUGGAGUGGAAGCGGGAGCGACAGCGCAUGCAAAUUGACUCGACUAUUCAAUCUUUCCUCGAUCGGUUCUACAUGUCUCGUAUAGGCAUUCGAAUGCUGAUUGGACAACAUAUCGCACUCACGGAACAAACGCACGUCAAACAUCCCAAUUACGUCGGCAUCAUCUGUACCAAAACCAACGUUCGCGAUAUCGCCCUGGAAGCCAUUGAAAAUGCGCGAUUCGUCUGCGAGGACUACUACGGUCUAUUUGAAGCGCCCAAAGUGCAGCUGGUCUGCAGGGAGGAUCUGAACUUCAUGUACGUGCCGGGCCAUCUAUCGCACAUGCUCUUCGAGACUUUGAAGAACUCGCUGCGUGCGGUGGUUGAGCAACACGGUGCCGACCGCGAUCAAUUCCCCGUGACCAAGGUGAUUGUGGCCGAGGGUAAAGAGGAUAUCACCAUCAAGAUUACCGAUGAAGGUGGUGGUAUCCCCCGGUCGGCGAUCCCAUUGGUGUGGACGUACAUGUAUACGACCGUAGAGCAGACUCCCAGCCUGGACCCGGACUUUGACAAGAGCGACUUUAAAGCACCCAUGGCUGGCUUUGGGUAUGGAUUACCCAUUAGUCGGUUGUAUGCGCGCUACUUUGGAGGUGACCUGAAGUUGAUCAGUAUGGAAGGAUACGGCACUGAUGUCUACCUCCACCUCAACCGGUUAUCCUCCAGCUCGGAGCCCUUACAAUGA